AGAUGUAUGGAGACUACAUAGCCCUGAGUGCUCUCCCCCACACAGCAGACUCCUCUGGAUCCACUGAUCACAUGUUAUUUAUAAGGGAUCUAGAAGAACUUCCUGUCUCCAGCAGCUGCAGCCUCUGAAGAAUCAAAGUUCACUAUACAGCACAUGUGACCUGUACACAACACCACUCCGAUUGUAGCGUGACAAGAUAACCAGCGAUGACCAGCUUGUUGGAAUUCAUUUCCAGAAGAUCACCUAUUGUCUGUACUGGAGGAUGUGUAGCGACCAAUCAACCACUUGCUACACAAAUUGGCUUAGAUAUUCUGAAGAGAGGUGGGAAUGCCGCUGAUGCUGCAGUAGCUGUAGCAGCUGCCCUCAAUGUCACUGAACCCAGUAGCACAGGACUCGGUGGGGAUUGCUUCUGUUUGUUUUAUAAAGCAGAAACGAAGAAAGUCUAUGGACUGAAUGGCAGUGGCAGAUGUCCAGCAGCAUUGAGUUUGGGAUUAUUGAAACAACAAGGGUUUGAUGAAGAAAACCCCCUGCCUCCUACACACGCUCACAAUGUCACUGUGCCAGGGGCGGCUGCUGCUUGGGUUGACACAAUUUCUCUCUUUGGGAGUAAAAAAAUGAGCCUAGGGGAAAUUCUGCAACCAGCCAUUGAACUAGCUGAAUCUGGAUUUCCUGUGUCUGAAGUGAGUGCUUUUGAAUGGAAGACCACAGCCCAUAAGCUCCAGUCUCCAAGUAACAAAUUUGGGGCUGAGCUUCUUAUCAAUGGACAAUCUCCACAACAUGGGCAGCUUUUCAGAAAUCCAUCACUGGCAAACACUUUUAAGACACUGUCUAAACAUGGUAAGAAAGGUUUCUAUGAAGGACGGAUUGCCCAAGCCAUUGUCCAGGUUGUACAAAGUAAUGGUGGGCUUUUGGAUCAUACUGACUUGUCCAGUCACGUGACAGAGGAAAUACAACCAAUUUCUACAACUUACAAGGGAGUAAAAGUUUGGGAAAUACCACCCAACAGUCAAGGAAUCACUGUUCUAAUGGCAUUAAAUAUGUUGGAAAGUUUCUCUGUCAAAGAAAUGGGGCAUAAUAGUGCAGAUUAUGUACAUACUGUAAGUGAGGUUCUGAAGCACAGCACAGCAGAUUGCCACUGGUUCUGUGCAGACAGUGCAGUUGUUCCAGUGCCCACCGAGGAACUGCUUAGUAAGGCGUACUCUGCAAAGCAAGUGCAGCAUAUUGAUAUAAAGAGAGCCUCAGGAGAUAAUAAACAUGGAAAUCCUUUUGACAUGGGAAGUGACACGGUUUACUUCACUGUGGUGGACAGACAUGGCAACGCCUGUUCAUUUAUUAAUAGCAAUUACAUGGAUUUUGGCACAGGACUUGUACCAGAAGGUUGUGGCUUCACUUUGCAGAACCGAGGGAACAAUUUUUCACUUUCUAAUGGACACCCCAAUUGUUUGGGGCCCGGGAAGCGUCCUUUUCACACGAUUAUUCCAGCCAUAGCCACUAAUGCCGCCACUGAAGACUUGCUGUGCAGCUUUGGUGUUAUGGGGGGCUUCAUGCAGCCGCAAGGACAUGUGCAGGUUCUUUUAAACAUGGUAGAAUUUGGAAUGAAUCCCCAACAAGCAGUGGAUGCCCCUCGAUUCUAUGUCGAAUAUGUUGAGAAAGAUCAGAAAUGGCACCUGUAUCUUGAGGACGGCUUUCCAGGCAAAAUUGUUGAAGACUUAAAAUCAAGAGGUCACCUUGUGCACUGGCCUAUUAGUGGCUAUGAGAGAAAACGUUUUGGACGUGGACAAAUUAUUACUAAAGGGGAUUGGUGGAGAUUGAAUGAAAUCUUCUCUGAAAGCAACCAUGUGUGGUGGGCUGGGUCUGAUCCCAGAGGGGAUGGCUGUGCUAUGGGUUAUUGCAGGGUAAAUGACUGCUGCUAGGUACAACCAAUACUCUACUCUUUGCUUUAAGUAUACUGGAUGAUUCAAAAGGGAUGGUGCAAAAGUAAAGGCCUUUAGUAAUAUCAGAGGUAAAUGGGCAGUGGCUGAAAGUCAAAACAAAACUGGUUCAGUUGACCAUAGCAAUCGAGUAUAUCACAGAUUUCAUUUUCAAGAGCUGCAAUUAAAAUAGGCUUACUUAGUGUGACCUAAGAUGGUGAGAUCAGAGCAAGAAAACAUCUGCAUUGUAAGCCAUAUGGAUUACAUAUUUUUCAGGAGAUGAAUUUAGAAUAAAAACUGAAACACUCAAAACUUUUGCAUUGACUUGCAGGGCCAUUCGGAAGAAAACAAAAUUACUGACAGGCUAGUGUUCAGCGAUGAGGCUUCCUAUUACCUCAGUGGGAAGGUGAAUCGCCGCAACAUCAGAAUUUGGAGCUAAGAAAUACCAUGUGCCCUUAUCGAGCACAUGAACGACUCACCCAAGUCCCAAGUAAAUAAAGUCUGUACAAUGUGUAGGUGAAAAGUGGAGGAUACUGGCUAUGGCCACUCCAACUUGGACAUCUUAAAGGAAUAGCUUAAGGACAGAUUGAGAAUGAUCUAUCCACUUCCAAAUUUCUGUUUGGAUGUUCAUAUUUACCUGAAUAAACCAACCAGAAAGUUGUGUUGAUCGCCCAGAAAAAACUAUUCACCAAUGUUGCACUGGCUUCCACGAUCGCCAGAUCUAACAACCUGCAACAUCUUUCUGUGGCGCUACAUCAAGGAUUUAGUGUAUGUUCCCCAUCCACAGAAUCUGAAUGACCUAGGACAAUGCAUUACUGAAAAACUACAGUCUAUAUUCGAAGAUGUGCUGGCUGCGUCUGACAGAACUGGACUAAUGCCUAGACAUCUGCCGUGUAACCAGUGGAAAUGACUUUGAAUAUCUGUGGGGUAUAGAUACAACUAGAAUAGAUGUUGUGCCUUUUUUAUGUUAAUAGAUUUGUGCCAUGUUCUCCCAGUUAUGAUGAAUACCAAGAUUAUAAUUUUGUACCAUUAUAAUUUUGUUCUUUUUUUAAUCCCCCAGUGUACUAUAAUUUACUUGAUAACUAAACAUUUAAAAAAGACUUCAAAGAGAGUUUGUUAAUAUUUUCAAAAAUAUUCAAUAAAUGUGAG